AUGAGUGAUAUUGUCUCUGCUUGCAAGAAAGAUUCAUUCGUACAAGUGGAAAAGGCAUUAUCAGAUCCAAAAAACAUAAAUGAAGAGUUUUCAGAUAAAAAUGGCAAGAAAUUUACUCCAUUAACUUGGGCUUGCGAAAAAGGAAUAGUUUCUCUCGUAGAAAUGAUGGUAAAGAAAGGUGCGAACCCAAAUGUCUCAUUUAUCCAAUCAGAUGGCAAAGAAAUCGCUGUAAUUGAUUGGGCUUCUUUACAAGACAAUGGAUCGCUCUUAGAAGUGCUCCUUAAGCAUGGGUGCAUGCUUACACCUUAUUCCUUCCAAAUUGCUCAAACAAAAGAAGAAAAAAACGUUUUAUACGUUUUUUCAGACAAAAUCAAAGAAACUAUCAAGCGAAUGUACAAAUCUCAUAACUACAUGGCAUUUGAGGACAAGCUUAUCGACUUUUCUACCGAUAAUUUAUACGUAUUUGCCUUUAAUACCGGCCAAGCUAAUUUCUUAGCUGCAAGACGCCAUAAUAAGGUAGUUAUUGUCGAUGCCGGCGAAGAUGGUGGCGAAAUCAUCAAGAAAUACAGAGAAACAAAGAAAGAUUACGCUAAAGUUAUUGAAGAAUCAGAUAAAUUGAUUUUUGAGCUCAACAAAUUCCUCGAAUGCCCAGGCAAGGUCAAGAACAUGUUCAAAACAAACUCUAGAGCCGAGCCAAAGGGCCAAUACAGAAAAGUUUUAAAAUUCGUCCGAAAAACGGGAACUACAGAACAAAAGGCGUUGAUCGCGUCUAUAGAGAACAUGACCGUCGAUCAGAAGCCCGAAAUUCUCGAAAUUAUAGAGAAAAUUAAGGAUAUUUCCAGAAAUCUCGAAAAAGAACGUCAAAGACAAGAGUUCAACCUCGUUUUCGAUGGCUCAUCUGUAGAACAGGUCUUUAUCACCCAUUCCCACUUGGAUCACUUCUCAUAUCUCGAUGAUUUGUUUAAUGAUUUCGGAAAAUCUUUCCAGGACACAAAAUAUUUACUCGGAGGUGAAGUGGACAAUUGGAAAGGUGAAAUGAUCGAAAGAUUAUUCAAAUUAAUCGGAAAAGAUAAAUUUGAGUUCAUAGGACGCGAAUACGACUCUAGAACGUACAAGUAUCUCGAUGGCUUGGAUGUGAAAGUCUGGGGACAAGAUUUUCCUGAAGAUUUAUCUCAUAAAAACCAAAUUUCGCUUUUUGUGACAAUUGACAUCAAUGGAAGACGCGUAAUGUUCACAGGAGAUGCAGAAGGAUGUCAUUUGAAGCGUUUGAGGAUCGAUAGACCUGAUAUGAAAUCAAAUACGGAAAUUGAAGCGUUUUUAACUGAUGUAGAGGCUACAAUUAAACAGAAUAGGCUUUCUAAGACCAAUUCCACGGAUAUUGUCUAUCAGAAACUGAAGGAAUUCAAGGAAAAGAACAAAUUCGAGGUAAAUCUUGAAGAAAUCGUUCAUCAGAUGCUUGGUCUUGAGGAAACAGUACUUAUAUUUGAACCACAUCACGGUUCACUGACGGAAAACUCACAUGACGUUUAUAAAUAUUUUUCAUCCCAAAAUCCGAGAAAAGUUUUCUGUAUUUUGAGCUAUCCACAAGCUAAAGAUUACCUCCCUAAGAAGGAAUCCUUCGACGAUCGCGUGAAAGAGCCAAAAGUCAAAGAACAUCCAGUUGUAUACGCCGCAUUCGGAAAUAUCCCAACAAUGAACGUCACAACAGAUCCAGUCUACACAACUGGUGCAUGUGGCGACGGAAUGUACGUGUUCUCUCUCUCCCAGGACGGCGAAAAACUCUCUGUUUUAGAUUUGACAGGAGAAAAACCUCAGUGGGAGAAAAUAUAUUAG